GGUUGGACCUUCUCUACUGAACGCGGUGAAGAUUGAUCGUUUGCCAUUAUUCUUUUCACCAAUUUGAAAUAAAAAAAGAAAGGAGUGAAAAAUAAAAAAAACCGCUAUCUCGCCCAGCAAUCAUCCGCCAGAGACAUGCCGGAACAGAGCAACGAUUAUCGGGUGGUGGUCUUCGGUGCCGGCGGAGUUGGCAAAUCAUCGCUUGUACUCCGCUUCGUUAAGGGCACCUUCCGCGAAUCUUAUAUCCCUACCGUAGAAGACACAUACCGUCAAGUGAUAACGUGCAACAAGAACUCUAUCUGCACGCUUCAGAUCACCGACACGACGGGCUCUCACCAGUUUCCGGCCAUGCAGCGGUUGAACAUCUCCAAAGGUCACGCCUUCAUCAUGGUCUACUCGAUCACGUCGAGGCAGUCUCUGGAGGAGCUCAAGCCCACGUGGGAAAUCAUCCGCGAAAUCAAAGGCUCAUUAGAGAACGUGCCUCUGAUGCUCGUUGGCAACAAAUGCGACGAAACGGAGGCGCGUGAACUGACGGCAAAGGAAGGCGAAGAGCAGGCACGCCGGUGGUCAUCCCACUUUAUGGAAACUUCGGCCAAGACCAAUUACAAUGUGAAGGAACUCUUCCAGGAGCUGUUGAGUCUGGAUAAGAAUAGAGCCAUGUCACUUCAGCCGGAUUCUAAGAACAAGGCCAGUCGUUCCGCAUCAGCUCCUCCGGGAACAUCUGGCGCAGGACCGUCGUCGGAGAAACUCAAGGACAAAUGUCGUCUAAUGUGAAUUAUUUUUAAUUAAAUAAAUAUAGAUAUAUAUAUAUAUAAGCUGGCUAUGUACAUCGAAGUAGUUUGGAUAGUUAACCCCAGCAUCUAUAGCUCUAUAUAUACUAAAGGAAAAUGUACAUGCACCGCUUCAAAAGCUAUUUAUCUUUAUGUACACUGACGAAGCCAUUUUAAGUGUUUCAUGUCAUCAUCGACACUAAAUUUUUGUUUAACAUUUAAUUUUUUUCAAACAAAAAAACUACAAAUUUCUGUAGAUACUUUAUGUAACACUCUGGGCGCGUCAGCAACGUAGUUAAAACAUAUUAUACCAUAUAUUUUUGUUUUACUCGGCUGAUUUUAUAUAAAGAUAUCUCAAUAGACAAUUAUUAUUUUAUUGAUAUAUAUAUAUAUAUAUAGGCUAUAAUAAAUGUCUAAUUGUACAUAGAAUUUUUCAAAAAAAAACAACAAAAUGUUUCCUUUUUAACGGACUUUGCCAACCGUCGUUCGAAUUGCGCUAAUGUAAUCGGCUUGAUUUUCGAAUAUUAGUUCAUUUCUAUUUACAUUUGAAUAGGGAAUACUAAUAUAAGCCAUAUGAAUCACAGGAGAUAUAUCAGCAUUUGGGACACAUGUAUAGAGACUGCUAUAGUAGGAUGGUUAAAACAAAACAAAAACAAGAGGCUCAGUGUUUCCUUCAUUGUUCAAAUACUGUACAAGUUCAUUAGCUUUUCCACUUUGCAUUCGUCGUGUAAAUGUAUAGGAUUCGAAAUUCGAAGCGUUUGUAUUGUGAUGUGAAACACACUCGAAACGGAUAUGUAUAAUGUAAUCGAUGUCGGGGCUCGAUGAAACGAUUCCAACACACUUAUUAUAAUCAAUGCUGCUGUGCGGUUAUGUAUCAUUUAAAUUGUUAAAUUAUUUGUUUACUUCCACUUCCUUAUUUUAAAAAAUAAGAAAAAAUACUCCCCUAAGUAAUUCACAGAGAGGUGCAGGCAAACAAAAAUGACGAUUAUAUAUACCUGGUCAGGUGUGUGUCUCUUCAUAUAAUUGUACAUCCAUUUUUAAUUCUCACUCUUUUCAUUAAAUAUAUUCGUUUUUCUUUCCUUAACAUCUGUGCAUGAAUACGUAUUUACGCGUCACCAAUUAUUAUUCACCGUUUUCAUUUUUUUAUUCAUUUUCAUUGAAUUCUUUCAUUCCCGUCUAAUCUUCCUCUCCUCAAGUUUUAUGAUCAACUCUAAAUAUAUCAAAUACGGAUUCAAAACGAAUAUCCGAUUUCCUUUUCAUCCUUAUAUCACUAACGCAAAAUCACAUACACAUGUACCAUUUGUAUAAGCUUUCUAAUAUAUUAGUAAUUAACUUUA